GUGUGAGUUGUUCCACAUGGGUCAGGCUGGCCGGCUGUGUUUACAUGCCUGUGUUAACACCCCUGGAGGCUACCGCUGUACCUGUCCUGCUGGAUACAAUCUCACCCGCGAUGGAGGCAACUGCAAAGACAUAGAUGAGUGUGCCACCAGACUGAAUAACUGCACCCGGGACCAGAUGUGUAUAAACACCUCCGGAGGGUUCCAGUGUGUACGUGUGGACUGUUCCCGCAUUCGAAACGCCACCUACAGCAAAACCUCACCCCUGUGAAUACCUCCUCUUAUAGUUAAUCAAGAAAAUAUUUGAUAACUAUUUUUAUCAGUCUCUUGCAAUAAUCCCUCUUAAUGCCUAUAUCCUUCCCCGUUCCCCAGGCGUUGUGAGCGUAACCCCUGCUCUGUGGACAACAAGGUGUGCUCUCAGGCCCCUAACUCCAUCUCCCACCACUACCUGUCUGUCGUCUCCAACCUGUUAGCACCACGCACUAUGUUCCGUGUGUUGGCCCUCCGCCUCAUGGGCGACACGCUGCGUUUCUCCAUGCUGGGCCGCGG